AUGGCUCUGAACCUGAGGAAUUCCACUCGGGCUUUUGGCUCCCUGAAGCCUCUGACCCGAGCUGCUCUUGUCGGCGCUCGCGGCUAUGCCACUGCCGAGCCCGACCUCAAGACUACCCUCAAGGAGGUCAUUCCAGCUAAGCGUGAGCUUCUCAAGAAGGUCAAGGCUCACGGGAGGAAGACCAUUGGCGAGGUCAAGGUCGAAAACACGCUCGGCGGUAUGCGUGGCCUGAAAGCCAUGGUUUGGGAGGGUUCCGUCCUCGAUGCCAACGAGGGUAUCCGCUUCCACGGCAAGACGAUCAAAGACUGCCAGAAGAUCCUUCCCAAGGGUAAGACUGGCACUGAGAUGCUUCCCGAAGCCAUGUUCUGGCUCCUCCUCACCGGCCAGGUUCCCUCCACCAACCAAAUUCGCGUCUUCUCUCGCGAGCUGGCCGAGAAGGCUCAGAUCCCCGACUUCGUCUCCAAGAUGCUCGACAACUUCCCCAAGGACCUUCACCCGAUGACCCAGUUCGCCAUUGCCGUGUCUGCACUUAACUACGAAUCCAAGUUCGCCAAGGCAUACGAGGCUGGCCUGAACAAGGCUGACUACUGGGAGCCUACCUUUGACGACUGUAUUUCGCUCCUGGCCAAGUUGCCCACUAUUGCCGCCAAGAUUUACCAGAAUGCCUAUCGCGGAGGUGGUGCUCUUCCUGCCGAGGUCGAUCUUGAGCAGGAUUGGUCUUACAACUUUGCCGCCAUGCUCGGCAAGGGAGGCAAGGAGAACGAGAACUUCCAGGAUCUCCUCCGUCUCUACCUUGCCCUGCACGGUGACCACGAGGGUGGCAACGUCUCUGCCCACGCCACUCACCUUGUUGGUAGCGCUCUUAGCGACCCAUUCCUUUCUUACAGUGCUGGUCUCCAGGGUCUGGCCGGACCUCUCCACGGUUUGGCCGCCCAGGAGGUUCUCCGAUGGAUUCUCCAGAUGAAGGAAGCCAUCCCCGCCGGUUAUACCGAGCAGGAUGUCCACGACUACCUGUGGUCCACCCUCAACUCGGGCCGUGUCGUCCCCGGUUAUGGCCACGCCGUCCUCCGCAAGCCUGAUCCCCGAUUCGAGGCUUUGAUGGACUAUGCCGCCGCUCGGCCCGAGAUUGCCAAGGACCCCGUCUUCCAGCUGGUUGAGAAGAACAGCCGCAUCGCCCCCGAGGUCCUCAAGAAGCACGGCAAGACCAAGAACCCCUACCCCAACGUUGACAGCAGCUCCGGUGUCCUGUUCCACCACUACGGCUUCCAUGAAACUCUGUACUACACCGCCACCUUCGGUGUGUCUCGCGGUCUUGGACCUCUGGCCCAGUUGAUCUGGGACCGUGCUCUUGGUCUGCCCAUCGAGCGCCCCAAGAGCAUUAACCUUGAGGGCAUCUUGAAGCAGGUUGAGGGUCAGUAA